AUGGAGAUGUACUUUGGCUUCGCUUCAAGCUUGAGCGAAAGAAAAAUGGCAGAACGCGGAGCUAAGUACCUCUCACGUGAAAGCGCAGUACUUCCAGGAUUUCGUCUUGAAUUCAGCAGCAACUGGAAAGAUGACGGCUUUGGCUACGCUAAUAUUGUCCUCGACGAAGGAUCUGAGGUUCAUGGCGCCCUCUACGCGUGCGAAAAAGGAACCUUGACCAGUUUGGAUCGUGAACACAUUCACGAAGGCAACAGAUUUUGCCGAGUUAUUGUUCAAGUCGAAACUAAAAAUGGCGAAGCAGUGAAUGCUGUAGCGUAUCGAGCUAACGAAGAGUUCGUUAACAAGCAGCUUAAACCGAGUGAAGCUUAUCUGAACGAAAUUCUUGAAGGAGAAGACAUUAUUCCGAAAGACUAUGCCGAGUAUAUACGAAGCUUUAAGGAUUGA